AUGCCCAGAACGGUACAGCUCUGCCUUGUUCAGUGUUGCCUCGUCCAGUUCCUCUCGGUGCUCGUGCUGUGCCAGCCCACGGCAGUGAUCGACGCGGGCGAGGGAGGCGACUGCGCCCUCGGCUGGUUCCCCUGCGUGUCCGUGAGUCGGUGCGUGGAGAGGAGGUUCAUCUGCGACGGCUUCGCGGACUGCGUGGACAGCAGCGACGAGUGGAACUGCACCGAUUAUCACGUCGACGACUUCGUUGAUAUGCUGUACCGCAAACGCCCGGACGAAGACUCCGAGAAGCGAAUCGGACAGUGCGAGUUGGAAGAUCCGCCGCCACAAUGCAGGUGCGCGGACUUCAGCCUUUUCUGCGAAUCGCGAGGACUCACAGCGCUGCCGAAGCCCGUUCCUGGCUCCGCAGAAUAUUUAGACAUCUCGGGAAAUACGAUAGAUGUUCUGGAUUCUUCCAGCUUCUCCCCGCUGCCGGAACUGAGGGUCCUCGCCAUCCAGUCGACCGAAAUCCAGAGAGCAGACCACGAAGUCCUUCAGGAAUUUAAAGAGCGUGACUCUGACCUUUUAUCCAGCAUCCAGCCUGUACCCAAUCCCGUGACGUUCUUUCAAGAUUGCCAUCGUCUUAGACAAGUAGCUCUCAUCCAUAAUAUUGUCGUGAUCCAUGCGGGCGUGACGGCACUUCGCAAGGGCGUCUUCUCCUCCAUGGGCGAGAUUGAAGAAAUCCAGCUGAGCAGCAACAACAUCUCCAGCAUCCCCGACGGGUUCUUCCACCAGAACGUCCGACUCACGAGGCUAAAGACACCCGCACACGGAACACCCCCGUACUGUUAUCGAUUCGAACAGAAACCAUAUCGCACGACGAUAUCUGCACACCCACCAUUACCACACCAUGACACAAUACACUUCUGUAACUACACCGUCACCACACCACGGCACACUACACCUCUGCAACGACGCUCUCGCCACAUCACACAACAGUACUCACGUGUCACUACAUUCCUGCACAUCCGCCAUCACCAAGCACAGCAAUAUACAUCUAUGAACAGUAGCUACACUAUCACACCAGUACACCUGUGCCACAAUACAAUCACCACACCCGAACUCAACGACAAUAACCUGACAGAGAUUCGCCCGGCCAUGUUCUACGGUCUAGUCAGCUUAUUAAACUUGUUCCGUGGGCCCCAGGCUAAGAACCCCUGCUCUGGAUGA